GUACUUGUUUACAGCAACAUAGUCUGUCCAUUUAACACACAUGUACUUGUUUACAGCAACAUAGUCUGUCCAUUUAACACACAUGUACUUGAUUACAGCAACAUGGUCUGUCUAUUCAAUACACAUGUACUUGAUUACAGCAACAUAGUCUUCUGCCCAUUUAAUACACAUGUACUUGAUUACAGCAACAUAAUCUGUCUAUUUAACACACAUGUACUUGAUUACAGCAACAUAAUCUGUCUAUUUAACACACAUGUACUUGAUUACAGCAACAUAGUCUGUCCAUUUAAUACACAUGUACUUGAUUACAGCAACACAGUCAGUCUAUUUUAUACACAUGUACUUGAUUACAGCAACAUAGUCUGUCUAUUUAACACACAUGUACUUGAUUACAGCAACAUAGUCUGUCCAUUUAAUACACAUGUACUUGAUUACAGCAACAUAAUCUGUCUAUUUAACACACAUGUACUUGAUUACAGCAACAUAAUCUGUCUAUUUAACACACAUGUACUUGAUUACAGCAACAUAGUCUGUCCAUUUAAUACACAUGUACUUGAUUACAGCAACAUAGUCUGUCCAUUUAAUACACAUAUACUUGAUUACAACAACAUAAUCUGUCUAUUUAACACACAUGUACUUGAUUACAGCAACAUAGUCUGUCUAUUUAACACACAUGUACUUGAUUACAGCAACAUAGUCUGUCCAUUUAAUACACAUGUACUUGAUUACAGCAACAUAAUCUGUCUAUUUAACACACAUGUACUUGAUUACAGCAACAUAGUCUGUCUAUUUAACACACAUGUACUUGAUUACAGCAACAUAGUCUGUCCAUUUAAUACACAUGUACUUGAUUACAGCAACAUAAUCUGUCUAUUUAACACACAUGUACUUGAUUACAGCAACAUAGUCUGUCCAUUUAAUACACAUGUACUUGAUUACAGCAACAUAAUCUGUCUAUUUAAUACACAUGUACUUGAUUACAGCAACACAGUCAGUCUAUUUAAUACACAUGUACUUGAUUACAGCAACAUAAUCUGUCUAUUUAACACACAUGUACUUGAUUACAGCAACAUAGUCUGUCCAUUUAAUACACAUGUACUUGAUUACACCAACAUAAUCUGUCUAUUUAACACACAUGUACUUGAUUACACCAACAUAAUCUGUCUAUUUAACACACAUGUACUUGAUUACAGCAACAUAGUCUGUCCAUUUAAUACACAUGUACUUGAUUACAGCAACAGGGUCUGUCCAUUUAAUACACAUGUAUUUGAUUACAGCAAAAUAGCCUGUCUAUUUAACACACAUGUACUUGAUUACAGCAACAUAGUUUGUCUAUUUAAUACACAUUUACUUGUGUAUUUAUUAAACAGGUUUUCCACCAAGAUAUUGUGUAUUUUUGUGUUUUUUUCUCAUUCCUUCAUUAUAUUGUACCCAUGGACUGAAUGUUAG